CACUUGAGGAUGUGCUUAGAGAGAGGAAAAGAGAGAGAGAGACAUUGACAUCGAUGUGAGAGAGAAGUAUCCGUUGGUUGCCUUUUGUACACUCCCAUGCCGGGGAUCAAACCCGCAACCCAGGUAUGUGCCCUGACUGGGAAUUGAACCAGCAAGUGUUCUAUAAACCAUUUUGCUAAUCUCUGAACAGUAAUCAUGGUAAGGAUUAGUUCCCAUACAUCUUUUUCCAUGUUACCUAAUUCUGAACAUUUCAGGGUGAACAGAUCUUCCAGGCAUCAGUGUCAUUUAAGGAUGUGACUGUGGGCUUCACCCAGGAGGAGUGGCAGCACCUGGACCCCAGUCAGAGGUCCCUGUAUAGAGACGUGAUGCUAGAGAACUACAGCAACCUCGUCUCAGUGGGGUAUUGUGUCACCAAACCUGAGGUGAUCUUCAGGUUGGAGCGAGGAGAGGAGCCAUGGAUAUUGGAGGAAGAAUGCCCAACCCAGAGAUUCCCAGGCAUCUGGAAACCUGAUUACAUGAAAGAGAGGAGCCAAGAAAACCAGUUUCACCAUGUGUGGGAAGUUGUGUUCAUGAAUAACAAAAUGCUGACUGAAGAGCAAAGUAAUGUAAUACGGAAACCAUUUAACUUGGAUACAAAUUUUUUUACUUCCAGAAAAAUACUCUGUCAGUGUGACUCAUGUGGAAUGAGUUUCAACUAUAUUUCAGGAUUGAUUAUCAAUAAGAAAAACCAUUUAGGAAAAAAGACUGAUGAAUUUAAUGCCUGUGGAAAGUUGCUACUCAAUAUUAUACAUGAAGAAACUCAUAUUAGAGAGAAAAGUGAAUUUUUUAAAAAUGGGAAAACUUCCAGUCAUAUUGAGGACCUUGUUCAACACGACAAGGUUCAAACUUUGCAGCAAAAAUUUGAAUUUAACAUAUAUCGAGAAAAUUUUCUUGAAAAGGCAAUAUUUAAUACACACAAAAGAGAGAUCACAGAUGGAAAUGAUUGUGAGUAUAAUGAAUAUGGAAGAACAUCCUGUGAGGAUCCAUCCUUGUUAUUACAUCAGAUAAUGCCCUCAAAGGAAAAUCAUUAUGAAUUUAGUGUUUGUGGGAAAUCCUUAUGUGUGAAUUCUACCUUUUUGAAGCAUCAUGGGUCAUAUAUGAAACACUGUGAAUGUAGUGAAAAUGGGAAUAAUUUCAGGAAGAAGUUACACAUCUCACAAGUUCAGAAAACUCAUAAAGGAGAGAAACACUUUGAAUGUAAUGAGUGCAGAAAAGCUUUCUGGAUGAAGUCACACCUCACUCGACAUCAGAGGAUACAUACGGGACAGAAAUGCUUUCAAUGUAAUGAAUGUGGAAAAAUGUUUUGGGAGAAGUCAAACCUCACUAAACAUCAGAGGUCACACACAGGGGAGAAACCCUAUGAAUGCAGUGAAUGUGAGAAAGCCUUCAGCUACAAGUCAGCCCUCACAUUACACCAGAGAACACAUACAGGGAAGAAACCCUAUCAAUGUAAUGUAUGUGGGAAAACUUUUUACCAGAAGUCAGACCUCACUAAACAUCAGAGAACACACACAGGACUGAAACCCUAUGAAUGUUAUGAAUGUGGGAAGUUCUUCUGCAUGAAUUCACAUCUCACAGUACACCGGCGAACUCAUACAGGUGAGAAACCCUUUGAAUGCCUUCAGUGUGGGAAGUCUUUCUGUCAGAAGUCACAUCUUACACAACAUCAGAGAACUCACAUAGGGGAUAAACCCUAUGAAUGUAAUGUAUGUGGCAAAGCUUUCUACCACAAGUCUGUACUCACCAGGCAUCAAAUAAUUCAUACAGGGGUGAAACCUUAUGAAUGUUACGAAUGUGGAAAAACCUUCUGCUUGAAGUCUGACCUCACAGUACAUCAGAGAACUCACACAGGGGAAAAACCCUUUGCAUGUCCUGAAUGUGGGAAAUUCUUCAGCCAUAAGUCCACCCUCUCUCAACAUUAUAGAACACAUACAGGGGAGAAACCCUAUGAAUGUCAGGAAUGUGGAAAAAUCUUCUAUAAUAAAUCAUACCUAGCUAAACAUAAUAGAACACAUACAGGGGAGAAACCAUAUGAAUGCAUUGAAUGUGGGAAAACCUUCUGCCAGAAAUCACAACUCACUCAGCACCAGAGAAUUCAUGUAGGGGAGAAACCCUAUGAAUGUAGUGAAUGUGGAAAGGCUUUCUGUCAUAAGUCAGCUCUAAUUGUACACCAGAGAACUCAUACAGAUGAAAAGCCCUAUAAAUGUAAUGAGUGUGGAAAAUCUUUCUGUGUGAAGUCAGGACUUAUUCUACAUCAGAGAAAACACACAGGGGAGAAACCCUAUGAAUGUAAUGAAUGUGGGAAGUCUUUUAGUCACAAAUCAUCCCUCACAGUGCAUCACAGAGCUCACACAGGAGAGAAAGCUUGUCAAUGUAAUGAAUGUGGGAAAAUUUUUUAUCGUAAAUCAGACCUUGCUAAACAUCAGAGAUCACACACAGGGGAGAAACCCUAUGAAUGUAACACAUGUGGAAAAUACUUCUCUCAGAAGUCAAACCUCAUUGUACAUCAGAGAACACACACAGGAGAAAAUCUUGUGAUUGAAGUGAAUAUUAGAAAUGUUGAGUCACAAUUUAGCACCCACUACACUUCAGAAAGUUCACCCUGUGGAGAAAGCUCUGUUGACAUUCUGAAUUCAGUAACUUUUGUCCACAAACAGGCCUUAUUUUACUUCAAAAUAAUGAUAUGGGACAAACUCAUAGACUGUAACAAAUAGAGGACAGUCUUGUUAAGUAGUAACAUUCCAUUGAAUGUCAAAUAACUAUUAUUGCUAUAAAACCCUACAAAUGUUUUAUUUUGUAAAAGUUUUUAGCAAAAAUUCAAAGUAGGUUAUGUCAAUUUAUACUAGAGAGAAAUCUGUCAAUUUGAAGCAUAUAGUUUGAAAAACUUAUUUAGAUGUAAUAUAACAUUAAUAGUUGUGUUUUGGUUUUUAUGUCAGAAUUUUGUAAUUUAUGGAUGUAUAUUGUACAAUGUAGAGCUUUAAAACAAAACAAAAAAGAAAUAGCAAAAUGAAAAAAUAGAAUCACAAGAAGUUGCAAUAAUAGUACAUAGAAUUCUCAUGUGCCCUUCACCAAGCUGCCUCUGAUGAUUAUAUCCUACCUAACCAUAUUACAUUCUCAAGUACAAGAAAUUGAUGGUGCCCUACUUCUGUGUCAGAUACAGAUCAUAUUCAGAUUUCCCCUAUUUUUACAUGCGCUAUGUGUGUUUGUGUGUGUAGUUCUAUGAAAUUUUAUCACUUUGCACAACUAUCCUCAUAAUCAGGUUACAAAAUCAAAAAGAAAUCUGGAACCUGUAUUUCAUCAGGUUUACAAAGGAAUAAGGAUUUCACCACAGGAAGUUUUCUUGCUUUAAUUACACCCUUUUGCAUUCCAAAUCCUGCCAACCAUUUGAAUAUGAAGCUUUUUAAAAGCAGAGAUAAAUUGAGUAAUCAGGGCAGCCACAUUAAAUGCAUACAUGAAGCAUCCCUUAAGUUCACAGGACUUAUGUGUGUAUAAGUGCUAUGUUACAAAAACUAUAUGUGUUUCAUAUGCAUAAUGGAACUCAAUAUAAUUGUGAAUAGGAAAUAAGUAUUCCUAGUUUAGUAGUAGUUACAUCAGGUACAUUCCCCAUGUGUGUAGGGCCCAAAGCAGUAGUUUAAAAGUAGGACUGCAAAGCUAAUGUCAACCACUUAAAAGUUAUAAAUAAAAACAACAAAAAAAUAAAAUGUAAUCUGUGCAUGAGGAGGUCUAGGUCCUAGUCUCAUUGCCUCCCUUUUUCAUUCAGUUCAUCUCAGCCAUGGGGUUCCUUGAGUAUACAUAUGUGAAUAUUCUAGCCAUAAGCCUAAACUUUAUCCAAACCCUCUAAUCAGUUGCCCUCCGAGACUGGGUCCAGGAGAGAAGUCACAGACAAACUAGAUGACACUUGGGUGUAAGCUGGGCUGUAAAUUCAGGGGUCUGAUAUACCCAGAGAGAUAUCUGGGCCCUUGGAGACAUUUGACUAUAUGAAUGGGAGGGUUGAGGCUGGAGCAGGGACAGGGUAGAGCUAGACCAGGCCUUUUAUUGACUGUGUAUAGCCAGUUACAUCAUUAAGUUACACAAGUAAUCUAAGAUUAUACAAUCUAGUGAUCUUAGAGUCUAAAUAAAUAGUCUAAACUUCCAUCUUAUGAAACUAGAGAAACAAGGACAAAUUAAAGUAAGCAAAACAAAGAAAUAGUAAGGAUCAAAGUGGAAAUCAGACUGAAAACAGAAAAUCUAUCGAGAAAAUUAGUAAAGCCAAAAGCUUGUUCUUUGAAAAAGUCAGUAAAAUUGUUAAACCUCUAGCUAAGUUAACUGAGAAAAAGAGAAGACAUAAAUUGCUAAAUCAGAAAUGAAAAAGGGCCCUUAACUCCAUGGGCAUGAAAAGGAGUAUAAAGGAAUAUAGUGGACUCUGUGCCUACAAAUUUGAUAACCUAGAUGAACCAAUUCCUUGAAAGACACGAUCUGCCAAAACUCAGAAUUAUAAAGCUGAAUGGACAUGUAUCUAUUAAAUUGAACCAACACUUAAUAUUCCAAAUAAAAAAGUAUCAACCCUGA